AUGAGCGAGCCUCCAACGCUCAAGUACCUUGCGCUUCAGCAAUGUUUGAAGCUAGCGCCUUACAUUGAGGAUGUUGGGAAUGCGAGAUAUGAUAUAGUCAAGCCUUUGCUGGCUCGUAUGAGUGCCCGGCAACUGAGCCAGCUCGAAAAGGCCAGCCCGCACCUCAUGGCCCACUCGGAUGAAUUGUGGCGAGAUCUUAUCGCGAAGGACUAUCCAGACCGGGUGUGCCCAACAAAUAACCACCGUUCUGGAUACUAUAGAAUACAAAAAGAAAAAGAGUCACACUUGGGAGCGGCUCGCGAGCGGCUUAAACGGAGUCAACGUCAGUAUGAAGCCCAGCGCGAGGCUUGUGCCAUUGUGCCCAUUACCGAGCCGCCAAGGAGAGAAAUCAAUACACAGCCAGCUAUCGUUGGUCAAUACAACUCCCCGAUAAUGCAGCAACUUGCUCGUAAAACACACAGUCGCAUUCUGAGCCGACCGAGACCAGUUAGCCGGCAACCAAUUAUUGCCCCGAGGGCUUUGCCGCGUCUGGCGCCGUUUGCACCGCCACCCAAGAAGGCAAAAGUCUCAAAGGAGCCUGUGGCCACGAGUUUAUCACCACCCUCCACGCCAGCAGAGCGACAAAGGCGAAAACAGAGUCCUUCAAUAUUUAUCAAACGAAGAUAG